AUGCCUCCAAUCCCAAUCACCAUCAUCACCGGCUUCCUAGGCUCCGGCAAAACCACCAUCCUCCUCAACCUCAUCCCCCAACUACCCCCCACCUACCGCCUCGCCCUCCUCAAAAACGAAUUCGGCGACGUCGCCAUCGACUCCCAACUCGCCUCCGCCACCUCCAUCUCCGGCGUGCGCGAGCUGCUCAACGGCUGCAUCUGUUGCAAUCUCGUGGGCCAGCUGGGCGAUGCGCUGGUGCAGCUGCGCGACCAGGUGCGGCCGGACCGCAUUGUGAUCGAGACGAGUGGGAGUGCGUUUCCGGCGACGUUGGCGAUGGAGGUGAAUCGGCUGGCGCGGGAGAGUGGGGGUGGGUUUGUGCUGGAUGGGGUGGUGAGUGUGAUUGAUGUGGAGAAUUGGGAGGGGUAUGAGGAUACGUCGUACACGGCCAAGUUGCAGGCGAGGUAUACGGAUUUGAUCGUGUUUAACAAGUGGGAAGGGGUAUCGGAGAGGAGGUUUGAUGAGUGUUUGGAUCGGAUGGGGGAUUUGGAGGUGCAGACGCCGUGGGUGAAGGCGCCAAGGGGGAGCGUGGAGAGGGAUGUGAUCUUGGGGAUUGAUGGGGCGCUGCUGGCAAAGGAGAUGGCGGACAAGGGGCAUGCGGGCUUGGAUGUGAUGUUGAUGGGAGGCGAGGACCGGGUGAAGGAGUAUAAAAAUGCGCAUGCGCAUGACCAUCAGUCGGAAGUCGAGGUGCUAUCUGUCUCUCUUGAGAGUCCGGAUUCGACUGCGAUCGUGGAUCUACCCGCUCUUACCAAGCUCCUCCAUUCGGCCCCGAGGGAUGAAGUGUACCGAAUAAAAGGCAUAAUGCGCUGCUCCUCAGACGAUCCCCCGCAGGAUUCCUCCGGCGACCGCGCGCCCGCAGCCACUUCCUCGUCGUCGAAUAACGCCCCAGAGGACGGGAUCAAAAUCAGGAACUAUAUUCUCAACUGGGCGUUUGGCAGAUGGACGUUUACCCCGUCGCCUACAGUCUCUGAAGAACUGGCAAACGGAUCCAAUGCUAACGACGUCCUCCGGAUGACGCUCAUCCUGGCAAGAUAUGAAUCUGGAAAGUGGAAGAAGAGGCUCGAAGCGGGUGGCCUCGUAGAACUCGCUGGAGAUGCCAAAGGUGCGACCGUGCUGCAAGUUGACAAAGUCGGUUGA